AGUGAACUAUCAAUCAUUAGUAAAACCUUCUUCAUCUUCUGAUUCCCAAUUCACGUUUUAUUUUUUUAAAGACCCAAAUUUGAUCCUUGGCAUUUUGGACGCGAACUACUUUAAUCCGUUAAAAUUACAAUCCUACCCGAUCCCUAACUUUCAGACCACUAUCACCUCCUCUCGACUCUCUCAUCCCGCGCGCGGCCGCCACCGCCACUCACGACUCUGAUCUCGUCCCCGUCUCGAGUGCGAGUCACACUCACUUAAAGGGUAUAUAAGAUAAUUGAAAAAGAAAGCUUUUCUCUCCAAUUUCUUCGUGCAUUUGAGGAGAAAGCGAACAUUUAAAAAUUUAUCUCCUCCCUUUCGCUCUUCCCUACUUCUCUUCUUUCCCAAGCAAAAUAAAUCUACUGGAAAAACAAGCAUAGCAUAAAAGCAAAGGGUUUUGAGUUGCAAAAAGUGGCGGUGAAUUAGGGUUCGAGUUGAAAUUUGAAAAUGUCAUCAAUGGGAAGCGAGUCGAGUUGGGUAGGUAGGAAGGCAGUGAAGCGCAUUGGGGGAAUGUCCGAUGCUCUUUCAAUUGCUGCCGAUCUCGGUUUCUCCAUCUCACCAUCACCUUCAUCGUCUUCAUCCAAUGAAGCAUUUCAUAAUUCGUCCCCAACAACUGCGGAAAAAGGUGAAGACUUGAUUAGGGUUUUGAAAGAAUUAACUUCCGUCCAAAGAAAAAUUGCUGAUUUGCAAGUCGAACUUCAAGGUCGAAAGGAUGAUAAAAAUGUUGCACAUUUGACCCAUGUGAGUGAAAUGGAAAAAAAGAUUGAGACUUUGGCAAGGAUUACUACUAUUCUCAAAGAUGUUAUUCAGAAUAAGGAUCGCAUAAUCGCUCGUCUGCAACAGCCAUAUUCUUUGGACUGCAUUCCUGUUGAAGCAGAAUAUCAGAAACACUUCUCUGAACUACUGAUGAAGGCAGCUAGUGAUUAUGGUGGCUUGACAGCAUCAGUGGCAGAUUUUCAAUGGAGUCAGAAUUUUAAGGAACCUCCUUCAGUUUGGGGGGAGAUGCUUCGACCCAUUCCUGUAGCGUUGGCAUCAUGCACUCGGUUCUUUGAAGCCAUGUCAGCCACAAGAGAGUCAUUUGCAGCACUUCAAAAACUGAGAGUGGGCCGUUUUGAUUCCUCAGUACCUAGAACACCGGCAAGAGAUCCUUCCCAAAUGCUACCAGGAGUAUCUGAUUGUCUAGAUUCACCUCUAUCAGAAUAAUGGUACUACCCAAAGGAUGUUGUCUCUCCCUCACCCAGUUAAAGAAGAGUGUUACUAAGUUAUCUAGUAUCUGUCUAUCUUUUGUGUGAUAUAAUAUUUCGAUUGCAUGUGCAUAUCAUUUUUUCAUGGAAUAUCUCUGUACUUAAAAAUGUUAUUUAUUAUUUUUAGGGAAGUGAUUCCACGAAUCUAUCAGUUUAAACUGCAACUCAAAAUAGACUAGAUUGAACUAGUGAAGUAUUGGUGUGUAAGUUGUAACUAAAUAGCAUCAACUUAACUCAAGAUUUUUGUGUGUGAAAUAUAUUAGCAUGUGAUAAACUAAACUUGCUGAAAUUAGGAUGCAGCCA